AUGGCGAAGGGCGACUUGCACGACGCUCAUGUCUUCCCGCGGAUUGUGAAGAAGGGCCCUUUCACCGUCGAGGUGCCCGGUGUUGAGCCCGUUGAGGGCGAGACCAUCCCUCGCCGCCACCCAGAAGCUAAGGAUGGCCUCAUCCUGCGCCCUUCAGAGGAUGUCGCGACUACCUACGACAACUUCCGCCGCUCCGCCCGCCUCUUCGGCAACUCCAAGGCUGUCGCCAGCCGUCGCCUAAUCAAGACGCACACCGAGAACAAGAAGGUGAAGAAAGUUGUCGAUGGAGUGGAGAAGGAGGUUGACAAGCAGUGGACCUACUUCGAGAUGAGCGGAUACACAUCCAAGUCCUUCCUCGAGUAUGAGCAGCUCUGCCUUCAGCUCGGCAGUGGCUUGCGCAAGCUUGGCCUGGAAAAGGAUAGCAAGAUCCAUCUCUACGGCGCUGCAUCUCAAUCAAUCACGAUCGUGACCGCGUACGACACCCUGGGAGAGGAGGGCUUGAAGCACUCUCUGGUCCAGACCGAAAGCGAAGCUAUCUUCCUCGACACCGUUUUGAUCAAGUCGUUGACCAAUGUCCUCAAAGACGUCCCUUCGAUCAAGCACAUUAUCCACAACACCGAUGGCGAACCGAAGCAAGAGGACCUGGACAGACUGAAGAACGACUUUAGCCAUAUCUCAGUGCACAGUCUCGAUGAUAUCCGCAAGGGGGGCGAGGAGCACCCGGUAGACCCAGUGCCACCGAAGCCUGAGGAUCUGUGCUGUAUCAUGUACACCUCCGGCUCAACCGGCCCUCCAAAGGGUGUCUCCUUGACCCAAGCUAACGUUAUUGCUGCCGUGGCUGGUAUCAAUGUCAUUGUUGGCCCAUUAAUCGGCGUCAAGGACUCCCUUCUGACCUACCUCCCGCAAGCGCACAUCCUGGAAUUCGUGUUUGAGAACCUCUGUCUGUUUUGGGGUGGUACCAUGGGUUACGGAAACCCUCGCACUCUGUCCGAUACCAACAUGCGCAACUGCAAGGGAGAUAUUCGCGAAUUCAAGCCUACCAUUUUGGUGGGUGUUCCUGCGGUGUGGGAGACCGUCAAGAAGGGCGUGCUCGCCCAGCUCAACAAGAACAACUUCAUUGUCAAGAGCUUGUUCUGGGGAGGUAUGUCUGCCAAGAACUUCCUGAUGAACUACGGCAUUCCUGGGGCUGGCAUCGGUGCUUCCAUCAUCGACGCUGUUGUUUUCAAGAAACUCAAGGAAGCUACCGGUGGUAACAUGCGUAUUAUGAUGAACGGGGGUGGUCCCGUCUCCAAGGAAACCCAGCGAUUCCUGUCUAUGGCCAUUGCUCCUAUGAUCAACGGUUACGGUUUGACCGAGACCUCGGCUAUGGGAGCCCUCAACGACCCUCUGGCCUGGAACCCGGAAGCUCUGGGGGGAGUUGAGGUCAAGCUGGUCGAUUUCCCGGACGCCGGAUACUUUUCCAAGAACAAUCCACCCCAAGGAGAGAUCUGGAUCCGUGGUGGCAGUGUCACUUCUGGGUACUACCAGAACGAAGACGAGACCAAGGAGUCGCUGACUGAGGAUGGCUGGUUCAAGACUGGCGAUAUCGGCCAGUUUGACCGGAACGGUCACUUGGCCAUUAUCGACCGCAAGAAGAACCUGGUCAAGACCCUGAAUGGCGAGUACAUUGCUCUGGAGAAGCUCGAGUCUGUAUACCGAUCUGUUCCUGUUGUGCACAAUAUCUGUGUCUAUGCUGCCCAGGAUCAGGACAAGCCUGUCGCUAUCAUUGUGCCUGCGGAGCCUGCCCUGAAGAAGAUUGCCAACGAUAAUGGUAUCCAGGGUGAAAGCCUCGAGACUCUUGUCCACGACGAGAAGCUUAACGGAAUUGUUCUUCAGCAGCUGCAGGGCGCUGCUCGCGCCAGUGGGCUUCGAGGUAUCGAGAUUAUCAGUGGUGUCGUUCUGGCCGACGAGGAAUGGACUCCUCACAACGGCUUCUUGACUGCCGCACAGAAGUUGCAGCGCAAAAAGAUUACGGAGACCUACCGUGCCGAAAUCGACAAGGCCUACGGCAAGAAAUAG